UUGAAGGGCUUCCGGAUCAGCCCCUCUCUUUCCUGGCCACCCUUGCCAGCAGCAGCAGUGAGGAAAUAGAGUCUCAGCUGCAGGAACGUGUGGAGUCUUCACGUCGUGCCGUUGCCCGUAUUGUAUCGGUGUAUGACCGGUUGCACACGCGGUUAGACCAGCUUUCCUCCAAACUGGACAGCGCAGAGCCAUCUCAGAUAGAAGAAGCUGUUAAGGAGCUGGACUCUCUGCUGUCUAACGAGAAUGUGCGUUUACAGGAAGUGUGCAGCCGCUUGAAGGAGAAGCACCAAAACAUGACUCAAGAGUUCACCCAGUUGCAGUCCCGCUUGGAGAACGCAGAAUCCCGCGUCUCACACUUAGAUGGCCUCAUUGAAGAUCUGCAGUGGGACAUUGACAAGGUCCGCAAAAGAGAGCAGCGCCUGAACAGACACUUGUCGGAGGUCCUUGAGAGGGUGAAUUCGAAAGGCUACAAGGUGUAUGGUGCUGGCAGCAGCUUAUAUGGAGGAACAAUAACCAUCAACUCAAAAAAGUUUGAGGAAAUGACCACUGAAGUUGACAUGAAUAAAGAACUUGCUGUGAAUCGACUUCAGGAACUGGAGAAGCUCAAGCAGGACCUACAUGAAGUGUCUUCUGAGAACAAGGACUUGCAGGAGCAACUGUCAAGAGCUGUAGAGGAGAAUGUGCGGCUAUCUCCAGAAUACCGCUGCUUGCAGUCACAGUUCUCUGUCCUGUAUAACGAGUUGUUACAGCUAAAAGCACAGUUGGAUGAGGCUCGCUCUCUGCUGCACGGGACACGCACCAACCACCAUCGUCAGCUAGAACUUAUUGAACGAGAUGAGGUGGCUCUUCAAAAAAAGGUGCGCACCGAGGUCAUCCAGCUGGAGGACACACUUGCGCAAGUGAGAAAGGAAUAUGAGAUGCUGAGAAUUGAGUUUGAGCAGACGCUGGCCGCCAAUGAACAGGCGGGCCCUAUUAAUCGUGAAAUGAGACAUCUGAUCAGCAGCCUGCAGAACCACAAUCACCAGCUAAAGGGCGAGGUUCAGAGGUACAAGAGGCGACUGCGAGAAAUCCAAAGCGAAAUCAAUAAGAUUCGUGCUCGCAAUAGUUGUGGUAUCUUCCUGCUGCCCUCACAGUCCAGCGUGGAGGAGACCCGAGAGGAAACCCUGGAAAUAAAGACAGAGCCCGAGGAAACUGCACUUCCAACACCAGCCCCACCACAACCGGAGGUCAUCCCAAAAAAGGAAGAAGAGGAGGUGCAGCUACCGCCACCACAGCAGCAGAGAGAAAGGCGAGAGAGGGAGAAAGAGCGAGAGAGGGAUCGGGGGCGUGAGAAGGACAGAGGUGACAGCUCGAAGGAGAAACCGAAACAUGAGCCAGAUACAAAGCGCAAGGAGGCAGAGAAUGUAAAACAGAUGAAGGCCGAGCUCAAGAGAGUGCAGGAGUCCUUAAGAGACAUGAAGCUGCUCCUGGACAUGUAUCGUUCUGCCCCCAAGGAACAGAGAGACAAGGUUCAGCUUAUGGCAGCUGAGAGAAAAAGCAAAGCAGAGCUGGAAGAACUGCGACAGAGGCUUCGAGAGCUAGAGGAGAGAGAACGUAGAGACAGCAAAAAAAUGGCAGAUGAGGAUGCCCUGCGGAGGAUGAGAGCAGCAGAAGAGCAAACUGAAGCCCUACAGAAAAGAUUGUCUGUAGCUAAACAGGAGGAAGAGGCUCUGCUGUCGGAGAUGGACGUCACUGGCCAGGCAUUCGAAGAUAUGCAGGAGCAGAACAUCCGUCUGAUGCAGCAGCUGAGGGAGAAAGAUGAUGCCAACUUCAAACUAAUGUCUGAGAGAAUCAAAUCCAACCAGAUCCACAAACUUCUAAAAGAGGAGAAGGAGGAACUGGCGGACCAACAGCUCACACUGCGCACACAGGUUGAUGCCCAGCUUAAAGUCUUGCGAAAGCUGGAAGAGAAGGAGCACCUACUGCAAAGCAGCAUCACCACAGGAGAAAAGGAGCUGACGCUACGCACCCAGGCACUGGAUCUCAGCAAACGCAAGGCGAUGGAGGCCUCUCAGCAGGCAGAAGAACUUAGGAGCCAGAUGGAGGUAUCGCAGAAGAAGCUGCAGGAUCUUCGGAAGGAAAUCAUAGAGAACAGCUCUGGCCGGGAAAAGGACACUUUUAACUACAAGAGAGCACAGGAGGACAUAUCCCGCCUACGGAAAAAGCUGGAAUCCACCAAGAAACCGGAUAUGGUGCCCACGUGUGAUAAAAUCUUGAUGGAGGAGAUCAAAGAAUUCAAGUCUCGUCUCACCUGCCCGUGCUGCAACUCUCGCAAGAUGGAUGCUGUCUUGACCAAGUGUUUCCACGUCUUCUGCUUCGAAUGCGUCAAGACCCGCUACGACACCCGGCAACGCAAGUGUCCCAAAUGCAAUGCAGCCUUUGGUGCCAACGACUUCCACCGCAUUUACAUUGGAUGAGCGGGAAAAUUCUGCAAAUCUUGCUGAGCCCUCAGUGAUGCUGCUUAACAUGCAUUCUGUAUAGACGUGACACAACUUCGUGACCCUCCCAAAUCUAUCGCUCGCACUGCCGAUGCUCCUCAAAAAGGACCUUGUAGGUCAUUUCACAUCCUGCAAAAUUCUUAUUUUUACUGUGCAAAAAAAAAAAAAAAAAAGAUUUGUAUUUGUGAAUACUAGGAUUCCU